AUGCUUCACAGAUUAUUUAUACUUGCAAUAAGUACUUAUUCACAGAUCUUGUAUUCAGAAAGUUUUACAAGCAAUUCAUUUACUACUUCGGAAGAAGAAUGGGUGCUUAGUGGAGAGAAUUUAAUAUAUAGCGAUUGUGGUUCAGUACGACUUUUUGGAGGGAACAAUGCCUUCGGUCAUCGUACAUCAGCUACAAAGUUAUUUUAAUUACCACCUCAUCAUACAGUUUCAAUAACUUUAGAAUUUUGGAAAAUAGACACUUGGGAUGACGAGAAAUUUUUCAUUUAUUUAGAUUAAAUUUUAGGGUUCUAGGAUAUUUAUGGCCAUGGAGGUACUGACAUCUGUGGAAAGUCAUCUGGGGAAUUUGUUGUGCAAAUAAAUAUUAUGUAACCCCAUAACUUUUAAUCUCUCUUUAUUUUAAUGACAUCAAAUUUAGAUUAACAGCCUAAUGAUGAAUCUUGGGGAAUAAGAAAUUUCAAAUUAUAUAUCUAUCCAUGUCCUUCUGGUUGCUAAAUAUGUGUUUCAACAGAUUUGAGAGAAGAUUGCAUAAUUUGGAACAACAUUGAAAAAAGCCUUUUAAGCGUUGAUUUCAAUAGCUUUAACUUUGAUGGAUGGACAAUAGAUUAAGGAUAUAAAUUUACUAGUUAUUGCUUAUCUAUUCCAAUGAUUGGAGGGUAUCUAUUAACUGGGGAAAAUAGUUAUAUGUUCAAAACUAUUAAUUUAUCUGCCCAUAGCCAGAUUAUUAUUUAAUUCAGAUUUAUUUUCUUAGAUUCUUGGAAUGCUAAACAUGCGUACUUAUAUAUAGAUAAUAACGUGAUUUGGACAGAAACCUAUGACUUCAACAAUAGAUAAAUUUAGGAUUUAUGUGGUUGGAUUUAUGAUGAUAAACCAUUUAAUGUUUAAAUUACAAUGCCUCAUACAGGAUCAUCAAUAACAUUAAACUUCACUACAAAUUUAAAUUAGGGUCUGUAAAAUGAAUCAUUUGGAAUAAGAGACAUAUAAAUAUUUAUUGCCUGUCUUUUUGGUUCCUCAUUUAAUCAAGCUUGUGGAACAAUUUGUGGAAAUGGAGUUAUAGAAUAGUAUGAAGAAUGUGAUGAUGGCAAUAUAUAUUCUUUUGAUGGAUGCUUCAAUUGUUAAUAUUCUUGUAUUGAAGGAUGUUCAAAUUGUAUUGAUGGAAUUUGCUUUGAAUGUUCUAUUGGAUGGUCAUUUGGUCCUAAUUUUAACACAUGUACUCCUAUUGCUAAUGAUGAGAAAUACUCAAUAUGGGAAGAGUGUGAUGAUCUCUUAAAUUUUGAAAUUUGUAAAAACGGAAAAUUUAUUACUCCAUCAAAUUGUUUAUCCUACUAGUUUGGUAUCUGUUUUAAGUGUUAAGUAAAUUAUGAAUUAAUCAAUAACAAAUGUGAAGCUGUUUGUUAAAAUUAAGCAAUCGUUAAUGAUAUAGAAUGUUUAGAUAAUAAUUUAUAUGCUCUUGAUAGAUGUCAUUAAUGUGCUUAUGAUUUAGAUGAAGGGUGUAGAAUUUAAUAAAAUGGAGUUUGUAUUUAAUGUUUAGAUGGAUGGAAAUUUGAUAUGGUAACUGAUAUUUGUACUCCAAUUUGUGGUAAUCACAUUAUUGAAGGACCUGAAGAAUGUGAUAUUAAUAUAAAUACAAAAAGUUAAUUUGGAUGCUAAUAAUGUUAUUUUGAUUGCCAAUAUGAAUGUACAGAUUGUUAAUUUGGAAUCUGUCAUGAUUGCAUUUCAGGGUGGAAAUUAAAGAAUUAAUAAUGCGAAUCUAUUUGUGGAGAUAAUCAGAUUUAAUUUAUAGAUGAAUGUGAUGAUAUGAAUAAAAUUAGAUUUGAUGGUUGUUAUAAUUGUAGAAAUGAUUGUUAAAGAGAAUGUUCCUAUUGUUUUAAGGGUGUGUGUUUGGAUUGUAUUUAUGGUUGGCAUUUGACUGCCUAUUUCACGUGCGAAUUUGAAUGUGGAGAUUCUUAGAUUGCUUUAAUCUCAUAAGAGGAAUGUGAUGAUUCUAAUGAUAUGUAAUUAGAUGGAUGUUUUGGAUGUAAAAUUGAAUGCUGUCGUUAUUGUACUCAAUGCAUAUAUGGAAUUUGUUAUGAUUGCGAAUAUACAUUUACAUUGAUUAAUUAAGAAUGUAAUUCUGUUUGUGGAGAUGGAUUAGUUAGUGCUGAAUAUGAGUAAUGUGAUGACAUGAAUAGAAUACCUUAUGAUGGUUGUUAUAAUUGCAAUUAUUAAUGUAGAUAGUUUUGUAAAUUAUGCAUUUAAGGAGUGUGUUAUGAUUAAUGUGAAUAGGGGUAUUAUUAGGUUGAUAAUGUAUGCUACCCGAUUUGCGGAGAUGGAAUAAUAGUCGAAGAAGAAGACUGCGACGAUUAAAAUGUUGAUAAAAGUGAUGGAUGUUUUAAUUGUUUUUUCUAUUGUCCAGAUCAUUGUAAUGUAUGUGCACAAGGAAAAUGUAAAGUAUGUGAAUAAGGAUAUGAAUUAAAUAAGGGUUUAAAUGAAUGUUUCACACUUUGUGGGAAUGGAUUAGUUUCAAUUGAAGAAGAAUGUGAUGAUAUGAAUUAAUAGAAUGGGGAUGGAUGCUCUUCAUUAUGCACAAUAGAAACAAAUUAUGUUUGCAAGAACUUUUUAUAUUCAUUUACUGAAUGUAUAUAUAUAAGGUACCCUAAGUUUGAAGCUUCAUUAAUAAGAUAGGAUUACUCAAUUUAAUAUGUUUCUUUACACUUUGACUAAUAGGUUAAAAUUCUAGGAAAUAAAAAUUUUUCAGGUUAAAUUCAAUUCAAUUUAGUUGGAGUUGAUUUUGAACUUUAUAAUAUCACUUUGAUGAUAGUUUAAGAAGUGUAAUAAUAUUGUACCUUUGUAGAAUAUAUGGUUGCAAUAUAAAUUAAUACCACGCUGUUAUCUCACCCUAUUCUUGAAGUAAUAUUAAAGGAAUAAUUGUACAAUGAAAAUGAAGCACCUUUGAUUAAUCAGAUUGAUAAGGUUAAAUUAAAUCUUCCCAAGUACAUUGUUGAUAAAAAAAAAUAAUCUGCUUAAGUCUUAAAAAAUGUGGGAACUAAUAUUAUGAAAUCUAUUGGUGGCAUGGGUAUUCUCAUGCUACUUAUUGGUCACUCAUUUGGAGGAAUUAUUGAAAUUCUCUAAUAAUAGUCAUAUUUGAAAUUCAUUAAUGUAGUAUUUCCCCUUAAUUUAUUCAUAUAUUUUGAAUCAAGCAAUAUUAUAACAGUUUAACCAUUAUUAGAUUUCUUUCAUUUUAAUUCAGUAGUAUUAAAUAUUAUGAAUACAGAGUUUGUAGAAUCAAAAGAAAAAUUCUUAUUUUAUGAAAUCGAUGCAACUUAAAUAUUCUUAAGUCUAGGCGUUAUUUUCAUGUAUAUAGGUUGUAUAUUUUUGAUUUAAAAAUUCAUAUCUAUGUAAAAUUUGCAUUAUUUUUAUUUUGGAAUUACAGUUGCUUCAUAUUUUGUGAAAGUUUAGAACGCAUGCUUUAUGAUAAAAAGAAAAUGUGAAAAAGUGGGUUUGAUAUAAUUUUAUAUAACAAAUUGUUGGGAUUUACUUUUUAUGUCUUUUUUAUAAAUUAGUUCAUAAUCAUUUACAACAAUUAAAUCCGCAGGUUCCAUUAUUUUAGGAUAUUUAAUCAUAUAUGCUUGUGCUAUAAUAAUAUCUAAUUAUUUCUUUAAAGACACAAAAUAUACUUCAUUAUCACGAUAUAAUUUAAAAAAAUUGGAUUUAUUUUUAAUUUUUAAGAAAUUCCUAUUUGUAGGAAUUUUAGUGUUGUUUCAAAGAAAUUAAUAGAUUUAAUCAAUUCUAUUAGCAUUCGUAAGCAAUUGUAGUCUAAUAUAUUUGAUUUUAUUUAAAUCACGUGAGAAUAAAGUUGAUUAUUUCAAUCAAAUAAUAAUGGAAGCUAGUGUUUUUGUCUUUUGUUCGACGAUUGCAUUGUAUUGGGAUUUAAUGCAAGAAUCCUUUGAUUAUGAUAAUUAAAUUCUACUUGGCUGGUUUCACAUAUCUAUGUUGCUCUUGGUUCUAGUAAUCAACUUAGGACUUUAGUUAUAUACCUUCUUAAUGAAAUUAAGAAAAACUUGGAUAAAAAAAAUGCAAAAACCCUAAAAUUAAAGUUCAGAUUAAUAGAAAGAUCCAAUUCCAUAGUAUCAAAUAAAGUAAAUAGUUGAAUUCAAAUAAUGA